CGAUGGAGUUAAAUUCCGGAAGAUGGCGGCAGUGCAACGUAACAGCUGCAGUUAACUUUAAAAGCCGAAGAAGAAGAGAAGAGCACCGGAACAACGAAGAAGAGGACACCUUCAGUCAAGCAGUCUCAUGUAAUGUUGUGGAGAGGUGUACUGAAGCUAGUAACAGCUAAACAGUGUUAAAUGUACUCCAACAAGUUUGGCCGCCUCAUGCUGGGGCUGUGCAGCCGCAAACCGGCCGCUGUCAGCGGUGCGGUCCGGAGGGCGGCUGGUCGGAGCGGGUUCAGCUGGACUGCAGUGUGUCAACAGCGGACACUGUGGCUGCAGAGGAGCGACUUUCUGGAGAUGGAGAAACGUGCCGUGAUCCGUCAGACCGGUUCUCGGUCAGCCUCUCAAACCACAGUGGACCCCAGUGAGCUGAAGAGGUUCCAGUCACUGGCCAGCAAGUGGUGGGAUGAACAGGGAGAAUUUGCAGCUCUUCAUGCCAUGAAUGACCUGAGGGUGCCUUUUAUACGGGAUAAUCUGCUGAAUGUGCACAGAGCACGUCAUCCUGGGAAACCACUCGCAGGACUGAGAAUCCUGGAUGUCGGCUGUGGAGGAGGCCUGCUCACCGAGCCCCUGGGUCGGCUUGGAGCUAACGUGUUGGGUAUAGAUCCAGUUGAAAACAGCAUCAGCACCGCCCAGCUGCAUUCCUCCUACGACCCGGACCUUCGUGACCAGGUGUCCUACCAGGUGUGCACCCUGGAGGACCUGUCAGGUGAAGAGGAGGGAGGAACGGAGGGGCAGGGAGCGGCUCAGUUCGAUGCUGUUGUUGCAUCUGAGGUCGUGGAACAUCUGGCCGACCUGGAAACGUUCGCCUUCUGCUGCAGCAGUGUGCUGAAGCCAGGAGGCUCACUGUUCAUCACAACUAUAAAUAAAACCAGCCUGUCGUAUGCGCUGGGGAUCGUCGUAGCCGAGCAGAUCCUACGCAUCGUUCCCAGUGGGACGCAUGACUGGGAGAAGUUCAUCAGUCCAGAAGAGCUGGAGCGCCUCCUGGAGUCCAAUGGUUUCUCGGUGCAGUCUGUCCAGGGGAUGCUGUACAACCCGCUAUCAGGAGGCUGGAGCUGGACGAACAGCACUGCCAUCAACUACGCCCUCCAUGCAGUCAAACUGAAAGAUCCAGCCGAGGACAGCAGCCCCCACCCAGAGGACCAUGCUGCAGCCGCUCACAGCUGAGACAUACAGUGAAAAUAACAAUUCAAGUUUCCAAAGCGUGGAGCUGUGAUGCAACAUAUAAGACUGAGUUUAUUCAAGGGAAGGACAAACAGCCUCCAGACGGAAUUAGAGAUGUGCCACGCUCACAAUAAGAUUGCACUAUGCUGUUGGAGGGUUUGAUAGUUGUUUAGUGUUUGAUAAGCUGUGCUAGUCGUCUGUACAUCUGUAGUUCUGUCAUUCGGUAGCAGAGCUGAGCCACACAGCUCCACUGUGAGCAAACAUCGUUCUGCUCCGCUUGGUUUGGUUUGCUCAAUGUUUUGCAGGUUGCCAUUAAAGCUGACCUUUCCUCAGUUAAAAA